GAUUAUCUUUGUAACCGUCUGAAACGGCUAGAGCGGGUUUGUUUGAGUUGGUUUGAGUGAAACAAUCCGACGUUUCAGUAUUGUGUGUUGUGCUGCUCAAUGUGAAACAUGAAGCCAGUGAGAAGCAGAACUCCGUUCAAGAAAACGCCGUCGAAACAACGGAGUUCAGGGCGGGAUCCUGUGAAAGUGUAUUGUCGUAUACGGCCGAUGCAAAAUGAUAACGAUGUGUCAUGCAUGGCUGUUAUUUCGCCUAGUACUGUUCGUCUUGUUCCUCCUGAGUCUUCAGUUAACUAUCGAAGUGGCACAUACAAAGAACUGCAGUAUACAUUCAAGUUCGUUUUUGACGAAACAAGUACACAGAAAUUUGUAUUUGAUACUGUUGCUCUACCCUUGGUUGAGAAUCUCAUCCAGGGGAAAAACGGGCUCCUCUUUACUUACGGUGUGACUGGAAGUGGAAAAACUUUUACUAUGACCGGUGACAUGACUAAUGGUGGUAUUAUGCCGCGGUGCUUGGAUGUGCUAUUCAACAGCAUUUCAGAAUUUCAGGCCAAGAAAUAUUGUUUUAAACCAGAUAAGAUGAAUGGUUUUGAUGUCCAGACUGAUGCUGACGCAUUACUUGACAGGCAAAGUGAGAUGCUACAAAUGCUACAGUCGAAAACACCGAAGACUCCUAGAAGGAAAGAACCAAAUUAUAUUGAGGACCAGAGAGUGAGUGAUUCAACAAAAUUGACUUGUGCUGAAGAAGACAAUACAUAUGCAGUAUUUGUCACAUACAUUGAAAUUUACAAUAACAAUACAUAUGAUCUGUUGGAAGAAAUACCAGAAGAUUGCUUGAGGCAAAGAUCUCUGCAAAGUCGAAUCAUCAGAGAAGAUGCUAAUCACAAUAUGUAUGUACAUGGUGUGACAGAAGUGGAAGUUAAAUCAACAGAAGAAGCAUUUGAUUUAUUUUACAAAGGACAGAGACGUAAAAGGAUGGCUCACACUUCGCUGAAUGCUGAAUCAAGUCGUAGUCAUUCGGUGUUCACAAUUAGACUGGUGCAGGCUCCUCUUGAUGGCCAAGGAGAAACGGUGCUUCAAGAUAAGAGAGCAGUUUGUAUCAGCCAGCUGUCACUAGUUGAUUUGGCAGGUAGCGAACGUACAAAUCGUACAAAGAACAGUGGCCAGAGGCUUCGGGAGGCAGGUAACAUCAACAAUUCCUUGAUGACACUGCGAUCAUGUCUCGAAAUUCUGAGAGAAAAUCAAAUGCAAGGCACCAAUAAAAUGGUUCCAUAUCGUGACUCACGGAUAACGCACCUCUUUAAGAAUUAUUUUGAUGGUGAAGGACAAGUUGCUGUAAUAGUGUGUGUUAAUCCACGUGCAGACGACUACGAUGAGACUGUGCAAGUUAUGAAAUUUGCUGAGAUGACACAAGAAGUCCAGGUAACGAGACCAGAAGCACCCAAGAUUGAGAUUGGUUUACUGCCAGGACGAAGAAAAGCAAAUCAGAUUUUCAAGCAGGCUGUACAGCACCUUGAGCAGAAUGAAAAGAAGGAAGAUGUACAAAAUGAUUUUGAUAUAGGUCUUGUGUAUAGUUUGGGUCCACCAUUCCCAUCAAUGGAAAUGAAUAGUGCUGAUGCUGAAAACAUUCUUAGAGAAUUAAUUUUACAUCUAGAGCUUCGUAUGAAGAAAAGAUGUGAACUCCUUGCUGACCUUCCUAAGAGACAAGGAAGGUUUCGGUGUAAUCUUCUGGAAAUGGAGAAAGAAAACUGCUCACUUAAGCAAGAAGUGUCCACUUACAAGGCUACACUUGACCAGGAGAGGAAGAAGAUGUCUGUGUUAGAAACAAAAUUAACGACUAUGGAGUCUCACAUGGCAACCAUGCAGAAGAAUCUGGAUGAAAAGGAACUGACAAUUAACAUGUUAAAACAAGAGCUGGAUAAUAAAGAAGUCAUGCUGAACAAACGCACGAUUGAGAAAGAGAAAGUGAAGCAGAAAUACAGCAGUAAAAUAAUAGCCGAAACAGAGAAGAUGUCAAAGGAAAUGCAGCAGCAGUUGAAACUUCAGAAGGCUGAACUCAAGAAUCAAAUGAGGGAGAAAGAAGAAAAAUUGAGAAAAGUUAAGCAGAUUCUUAUUGAAGAUCGUCCUUCACCUCAGCUACUUUCAGCCAAUUCGGAUAGUCAUAUAUCCCUGAAUAAUUUUAAAUCUGACCAUAAUGUUGUAUCUGCUACUACAAGCAUGACUCCUUAUUCUUCCAAAUUAAAGAGCACUGGUACAACCUGUAGUGGGCUGACGCCAGUACGGCGCCGUUCCCGAUCUGUUGGUGGACUGUGUGGUGAAGUGUGGCUUGACCAUCGGCCUGCUAUACCAGCCCCUCUGGGAACUGUGCUUCAACCCCAUAUGAAAAAGAGGAAAUCUGUAACCAGGCUAACUGACAUUAAGGAUAUCACUGAUCCAAUGACUAAUAAAUAUUGUCUCAUGACUCAAGAGCAAGACUCUGGUGGAGAUGUGGAAACAAGAUUGUACAAGGGAGAUGUUGUUCCUACUGUCAGUGGUGGUGCUCAGGUUAUCUUCAAUGACGUUGAAACUCUUCGCCAGGAGUCACCGUCAUCAUCUCCAGUCAGAAAAAGGAAUCUUGAAGCAGAAACACACCCUCAAGAUCUGGCAACCAUUUGUGCUAUGUCAGUUGAAGGACAUGCAAAGAAACCAAGACUCUGAAAGUAUGGAUACAAGUUGGGAAUGUAAAUUUUUAACUUUAUAUUGACAAAUUUCAAAUGCUAAUAACACCUGGAUGUGCCUUAGUAAGGCGUUUGGAGAUUCUUGAUCUCUCUUUCUAAUACCUGUUUUACCUGAGCUGAAAUCAUGCUGAUUUGAAUAUACAUUCCAGUAUUGUACCAUAUAGUAUUAUAUAAAUAUAUUUUUAAUUAUCAGAUGUGAAACAUGAUACUUUUGUAAAUUUUAUAUAUGAUAUGUGAUACAUGACAAUUUCGUACCUUACUAACUUUUGUAAAUUUGACACGUGACAUCUGCUACAUGACAAUUUUGUACCUUACUAAUUUUUGUAAUGGUUGUUAUUUUUCUGUGGGUGCUUAUAUGAUUUUUUAUAUUAUUGACUUAAUUAUUUUUUUGUAAUUAAAUGAUGAUGUUCCAACUGACA